CCCGGCAGGGCGGUCCGCCCGAAAGUGGCGGUUUUCUGGAGUCGUUUGUCGUCUUAUCCCGGGUAGUUUGAGUUUGUGACCCCGAGGCCUUAGAAGCGGACUUUUAUCUGGCCCGGGACUCCCUGCCAUUCGGCGCUUCCCCCAUAACCGGACACCGAUUAUUUGGACUCUGCCUCAGACCCAGGAGACACAGAUGCCAGGAAGUAUGGCCCCCCUCAAGAAGACUGGAAAUACCACAAGGUUGCCCCUGGCUUUAAACCCCCUGAAGAGCAAGGACGUGUUGGCAGUGCUGGCUGAGAGGAACCAGGCUAUAGUACCAGUUGGGGCAUGGGUGGAACCCGCCUCACCACAUAGUUCGGAAAUCCCAGCGUCUACUUCAGCAUAUAUGAUUGAAGAGGAGCUAAAGGAAGAGCUAAGAAAAAAACAAGAAGCUUUGAGGCGUUUUCAGAGACAAGUCAAACAUCGAGUAAAUCAACAAAUUAGGCUGAGGAAAAAGCAGCAGCUUCAGAAGUCUUACGAAGCAGCAGAAAAAGAAAGCUCUAUAGCCAUGCAGUCUUCAGAUCCAGCACACUUAACUCCUAAAAGAACAAGUGUUUUUCCAAACAAUUUGAAUGCUGCUAUUGGAAGUGCUAGGUCACUCCUUUCUGAGAUGCUUGGGGAUGGAAUAGAAGAUAGAGAGAAUCAGAAUGAAUUAUUCCUACAACAAGCCCAGGCUCUUAGUCAAACCAUGAAACAGGCACGUCACCAGUUGGCAUCCUUUAAAACUGUGAGUAAAAAUGCAUCAGUGUUUCCAGAUGGUAGAAGGAAAAGCUCUCCCACCCAAGAGGAACCUGAGUCUGAGGAGUCUUCAUCUAUUACGGUAGACAAGAAAGGGAGAGAGAAUUUGUUUUGGGAGGGCUGGCAGGAUCUCCUUUGUGAAGACAAGGACAAACCUUUCAGCAGAGUUCAGAAAGUACACUUCAAAAAUCCAUUAUUUGCUGUGAUGGAAGAGAAAGAACUAGAACGGUUAGCUCUUCAGGGCCUUCAGGAUAUUCUGCCAGAAACCCACGAUUAUCUUCCAGAAGCCCAAGAUGAUCUGCUGGAAACCCAGGGUGAUUUGACAGGAAUCCAGAGUGUUGAGCCGGAAGCCCAGAGUAUUGAGCCAGAUACCCAGGCUCUUGAGUUGGAAGGCCAAGCCAUUGAGCCCAAAGCCCAGGCCAUUCAGCCUAAAGCCCAGGAUGUUAAGACAGAAACUCAGGGUAUUAUGCUGGAAGCCCAGAGUACUGAACCAGAAGAUGAGAGAAUUGCAUUAAAAAUCCAGGAUUUUCAACCCCUAAAUCAGGCUUUUCUCCCCAAAGACCAGAAUAUUCUACCCACAUAUCAGGACCAAGCUUUUCGACCCAAAGACCAACAUGUUCUCUCCAAAGACCAGAAUAUUCUGUCCAAAUGUCAGGACCAGGAUUUUCCACCCGAAGACCCGGAUUUUCUACCCAGAGAUCAGAAAGCAAAGUUGAAGGAGCCAGCAUCAAUUUUGAUAGGUGGGAGAGAGAGAGAGGCGUUUCCUCUGGAUGUCCAUCAGGAUCUUCUACACAGGCAUGAAGAUCAGGCCUCCAGCAGGGGCAAGAAAGUACACUUCAAGGAGCCAUAUUCUGAUACCACAAAUGAGAAAGGGAGAGAAGACUUUUCUCUAGCAGGUUAUCAGUAUCUACCUCCCAAACUCCAGGACCAGGCCUGCAUCAGAGAUCAGAACAUGUUUCUCGAGCAACCAUCAUCUUUUAUGAGAGAAGGUGGAGAUGAAUUGCCUCAGGAGUAUCAUCAGUUUGUUAAACAUAAAAUCCAGGACCAAGCCUCUUCCAGAGAACAGAUAGAGUGGAACACGAACAAGUGUCUCAAGCAACCCUCAUCUUUUGAGAAAUGGGAGAUUGAAAGAGGAAUUUCUCCUGGAGUGCCAUCGAGCUUAUACUUCAGGCAGCAGCCAUCUGUUGGGACAGCUGAAAGAUGGCGAGAGGAUUUGCUUCUGGAUGGCCCUCAGCAUCUGCCACCCAAGCACCAGAGAGAGGCUUCCAGAAGAAGACAGGUUUAUGAUGAAUAUCAGUCAGGAUUGAACACUGAAUUCCAAACUCCACUGGCACUUCAGUCUGGAGUAGAUCAAGAAGAAGACAAGAAAGAGCGUCAAAAGCAAUACCUGAGAUAUAGACGACUUUUCAUGGAUAUUGAAAGAGAACAAGUAAAAGAACAACAAAGGCAAAAAGAACAUAGGAAGAAAAUUGAAAAGUUCCGAGGCUUCAUCCUGCUGCUCACCUUCUUCAUUUAUACAUGUUAUCAUAUGUCCAGGAAGCCCAUCAGUGUUGUCAAGAGCCGUCUGCACCAGAACUGCUCAGAGCUGAUCCACCCCAUCAACGACACCCACAGUCUCAAUGACACCACGUGGUGCAGCUGGGCUCCAUUUGACCAGAACAACUACAAGGAGUUACUGGGGGCCGUGGACAAUGCCUUCCUUGUGGCCUAUGCCAUCGGCAUGUUUAUCAGUGGGAUUUUUGGGGAGCGGCUCCCCCUCCGUUAUUACCUUUCAGCUGGAAUGCUGCUCAGCGGCCUUUUCACUGCGCUCUUUGGCCUGGGAUAUUUCUGGAACAUCCACAUGCUCUGGUACUUUGUGCUCAUCCAGAUCUUUAAUGGACUUGCCCAGACCACAGGCUGGCCCUCUGUGGUGACCUGUGUUGGCAACUGGUUCGGGAAGGGAAAGCGGGGGCUCAUCAUGGGCGUCUGGAAUUCCCACACAUCCGUGGGCAACAUCCUGGGCUCCCUGAUCGCCGGCGUCUGGGUGAAUGGGCAGUGGGGCCUGUCCUUUGUGGUGCCAGGCAUCAUCACCGCUGCCAUGGGCGUCAUCACCUUCCUCUUCCUCAUCGAAUACCCAGAAGAUGUGGACUGCACCCCUCCUCAGCACCAUGGUGGACCAGAAGAGAAGGAGGACAACCCUGAGGACCCUGGGAAUGGGCCCUACUCCAGCAGGGAGAGCAGCCUGGACACUGCUACCAGAUGCUCCAAGGAGCCAAGCACUCAGCCUGCUGCCAUCAGCUUCCUUGGAGCACUCCGGAUCCCGGGCGUGAUUGAGUUCUCCUUGUGUCUGCUCUUUGCCAAGCUGGUCAGUUACACCUUCCUCUACUGGCUGCCACUCUACAUCUUCAAUGUGGCUCACUUUGGUGCCAAAGAGGCUGGGGACCUGUCUACGCUCUUUGAUGUUGGUGGCAUCAUAGGUGGCAUCGUGGCGGGGCUCAUCUCUGACUACACGAAUGGCAGGGCCACCACUUGCUGCAUCAUGCUCAUCUUGGCUGCCCCUAUGAUGUUCCUCUACAACCAUUUUGGCCAGAAUGGGAUUACCAGCUCCAUAGUAAUGCUGAUUGUCUGUGGGGCCCUGGUCAACGGCCCUUAUGCGCUCAUCACCACUGCUGUCUCAGCUGACCUGGGGACUCACAAGAGCCUGAAGGGCAAUGCAAAGGCGCUCUCCACGGUCACGGCCAUCAUUGACGGCACAGGGUCCAUAGGUGCGGCUCUGGGGCCUCUGCUGGCCGGGCUCAUCUCCCCCACAGGCUGGAACAACGUCUUCUACAUGCUCAUCUCUGCUGAUAUCCUGGCCUGCUUGCUCCUCUGCCGGUUGGUAUACAAAGAGAUCCUGGCCUGGAAGUCGUCCAUGAGCAGAAACAGAGGCUCUAGUCUGGCCCUAACCCACCCGCUGUAGUAUUUUCCUCAAGUCUCACGACUUUUAUAUAAAGAAAUAUGAAGCCCUGAUUUGAAGAGAAGUCUGGAGGGCUCCACCUGGGUCCCAAAGUGCUCCCCCUGGGCAAUGGAAACUGCCACCGAUGGGUGAGGCAAAGCCUCUUAACACCAGCCGGCUCGGCCCAGCCCGGCCCACAGGGCUGUCAAAGGACCAGGAGAUUCUCCAUGGAAAGGGGACUGCCAACAUGAGGAAACGGAAGACUCAAGGGCCUGAGCUCUGGAAGCUGCCAGCAGAAGGUCUGGGGAUCAGAGCUGAGUGGUAUCUCAUCUUAGUAAUGGAUCUGCUCAGACUCCUGCUUGUUCAGAUUCCAAGACAGAAGGCAGAGGCAUGACAGGGCCAAGGCCUGGAAAAGGACUGUGUCUCCUUCCCCUCUUCAGUUUGAGCCUCUGUAAUCAGCCUGUCCCUGUAGGUAGGUAGAUCAGGUACCUGACCCUGUCUCAGAGCUGCCCAGCCUCUCUUGGUCCCCUUGUCCACAAGCCAGCUUUCUCUGUUUCCCCAAGUUGGACUCUGCUCUUUUACCCUCCAUCUGACCCUUUUAUGGCUCCUGGCCCACUGGCUUGCGGUUUUAUUGCUGUAUCCUCCAGGGCCAGGCCUAGGGUGAGGCAAGGGAAGUGUCACUCUUAGGCUUGUGCCCGUGCCAUCCCUAAGAGGGUGGGCCUCCCUUGCCUCACUCUCGUCCCAGCCCUCUGUGUCCUUCAUGGAGGAUGACAGAUCAGGGCAUUGCUGUGGGGUGGGGCUGGGGAGUGGGGCCAUAUAAAAAUACCAGGGUAGGGGUUAAGUAUUUUGAUAAUGAAAGGUUACCAAGUGCUCAUGUCUGCCAGCUCUACUCAAGGAAUGGAGUAGACAAUGGACACAGGAAAAGACUUACUUACACUCUGAGCACAGGUGCCAGGGUGACAAGACUAGCAAGAAAGGAGAAUGCUCCUGAUUUGUUCAGGCGGGUGUUGCCUGGGGUUCUCUGCAGCCGGCCUUUCUCCCCUGUGUUCCUGAUGUACUUUUUCUGGCCUCCCCCAAUCCUGGAGUGGUGCAUGCCAGACCAGCUCUUGGCAUUUCUGGCUGACCUCUGAAGCCACCCGUCGGCAGCAAUACAGAUUUCCUUUGCCA